UGGGCUUUGAUAUAUUGCCGACAAUCGACAUAGACCCUGAGAUAGCAUAGCACCGAAGCACCUGGCUGGAAGUUUUCCCACCGUUUGUUCAUCCCUGCAUCAUCAACUUCCAGGAGAGGCAAACCCGAUUCGUGAUCGAAUUCCCCUCCCCAGAAAUCCCUACCGGAGAUAAUGUCGUCUACCUUCAGCGGCGAUGAGACCGCACCUUUCUUCGGUUUCCUCGGGGCCGCUUCGGCCCUCGUCUUUUCAUGUAUGGGAGCAGCCUACGGGACGGCGAAGAGCGGCGUGGGAGUAGCGUCGAUGGGGGUGAUGAGGCCGGAGCUUGUUAUGAAGUCGAUUGUUCCAGUUGUUAUGGCUGGAGUGCUCGGUAUCUAUGGUCUGAUUAUUGCUGUUAUCAUCAGCACCGGGAUCAACCCUAAGGCCAAAUCGUACUACCUCUUCGACGGCUACGCACAUCUUUCGUCUGGAUUGGCCUGUGGGCUGGCCGGACUCUCUGCUGGCAUGGCCAUCGGCAUCGUUGGGGAUGCCGGCGUCAGAGCAAAUGCUCAGCAGCCAAAGCUCUUUGUUGGAAUGAUUCUGAUUCUCAUCUUUGCCGAAGCGUUGGCUUUGUAUGGUCUCAUUGUUGGCAUCAUCCUGUCUUCCAGGGCAGGUCAAUCCAGAGCAGAGUAAGUUCUGGAUUGGUGGUUUUCUUCCGAAAUACUUGGUAGCUGUGAGCUGGAUGAUAUUACGCCCACCGAGGCUGUGCGAUAGUUGUAAAUCUAUUCCUCUUUUAACACUCGACUUCUCCAAACCCAUGGCUUAUUAUGUUGCAUUUGCUGGUUUUUAUGACUGGAAGUAGAAUUACCCCCCCCUGGAAAUAAACACUGGUGUCACCUUCUCAUUGUAUUCUGUUGUUCAAAUAAGUGUUCAUCUUCAUCUUGUCAAAUCGGUUUUUCUGCCG